GCGGCGGCGGCGGCAGAUACCACUGCUACGAUCAAUGGAGGACAUGGAGGCGGAGUACAGCCUCUACUGGGAAACCAAGAGGUUCAUCGACUCGGAGGAGCUGGAGAGUUGGGGCUUCGAGGAGGCCAUUUCAGGUGGCUACUAUGAUUCGAGUUCCCCCGAAGGCACCACGUCCUCCACCACCGCCAAGAACAUUGCCAUGGAGAGGAAUCGGCGGAAGAAGCUGAACGAAAAGCUUUACGCGCUCCGAAGUGUCGUCCCCAACAUCACCAAGAUGGAUAAGGCAUCGAUCAUAAAAGACGCCAUCGAUUACAUCAAGCAGCUUCAAGAACAAGAGAAGGUGAUGCUGGCGGAGAUCUCUGAGCUCGAGUCGCUCAAAGAGGAGAAGGUGUCGUCGAUCGGUGACCUCGAGUUUGAUGAUCUAUACUUCAUGCAGAGGAAGAAGAAGCGAACCUCGCAGGGCUCCUCGUCUGCGGGUUCCCCAAGCUCGCCGCCCAUCGAAGUACAGGAAACUGAUGAAAUGGGCAGUGCUCAAGUGAAGGAAAAGAUUGAGGCAGCAAUUGCAGAUCUUGAUAGCCCAAGGAGCCCUAUAAGUUCUCUGAGUUUUUAACUCUCUUGUUUGUUUUCUACCAUGCAGCAAUCCACAGGGAUAAGUACUUUUUCUAGUUAAUAAUCAUAGCAGUCUCCUCUUUUUUCCAGCCUUCCCAUCCUUGGACUAGAUUGUAGUUGCUGUUGUGUGCCAAUCACUUUUUUGACAUGGAUGUAUGACAUCAACUUUGAUGCUGAAUCAAAGAUCUGCACUGCACUUCUCUGUCA